AUGUCUUCUGAGUCCAGCGACACGCAGGGGACUGGGACCACCCAGCAGAGCCAUGAGAAGCAGGACAGUAUCAGCCACGAAUAUGGUCGUCCAAACACGGCACAAGACAAUCGAUACAGCAUGACGGCAGACACGGUGCGACUCGGAGUCUCUAACGAGGAGCAUCUGCAUAGCCAUCGCAAGUCCUACCGUCUGGACUUUGGUCCUCUGACUCAUGGAUGGUUCAUCUUCACCUUCCUCCUUCUUACCUGCACCGUGAAGUUAACUGUGACUUUCUUCUCGCUGUUCUUGUCCGUCGAUCUGGCAUUCCUCCUGCUUGGAAUCGGGUACAUCCAUCGCGAAGCGGCGGAUAUGCCGAACAUGCCGAUCAUCAAGGGGGGUGCGUUCCUUGCGCUGUUGGCGGCUUUUCUGGCUUGGUAUGUUGCUUUGGCUGGUAUUGCAGAUGAUAUUAAUAGUUUCUUUGUGAUUCCGGUGUUUUAUUUCCCGUAA